AAAAUAAAUUUCACAUUAAAAAAAUAUUGCCAUAUCAUGGCAAUGAAUAGCAGAAAUAUGCCAUAAAAACUACAUUACUGAAUCAAAAUUACACCACUUAGUAUACACAAAAUACAGCAAGUACUGAUAAUAAAAGUUGUUAGUCUUUUCAGUGUUGCAGCUAGGCACUUAGUAAAAUCUGUUAGAUUAGCAUUGGUGACACAAUUAAAGGUGGCACUGAAUCAGAAAGAAAUGUCUAAUUCUUAAUGAUACACAAAACACUGGAAAACAGAGAAGGUCUUAAAGCCUUCCAGAAGCAAUGAAAACACACUGAAAGGAUUUGGAAUUUGAAUUUGUAAGAACUCACACAGGUGGCCACUACCCUAGCAGUGGCAAAAAAGUAAGCCAACAAACAUUAAAUAUAUAUAAUCCAUCAGAAAUAAUUAUUCAUUGUUAAAAUUUACAAAUUUGAAGAGCAAGAAAUCUAAUUCCAUAGUAUUUUACUGAGAUCUGAAAAGUCAAGGUCAGAAAGUACUCAUGUCUGUCCCCAAAAGUGGGCUGAUACAGUUUUAUAGGUACCAAGUGAAAUGUUGGCAAGUAUAUUUUUUGUUUCAAUGCUAGAAAAAAAAAACAGGUUGGAUUGUGAAUAAAUGAGAAAUAAAAAGGAGAACUGAUUUAAAAAACCUUACUGAAUGAGAUACAGAAAACAGGAAAUUCCUGAAAGAAACAUACUUUGGCCUUCAUUUUACUACACUACUUAAUCAAGUAACUUUAAUUCAAUUUUUUAUAGUCUUCAUGUUGGGUCUUCACCUGUUCCAGAUCACAUUUAUUUUUCUUUAACCUUGGCAAUCAGAACUGUAUACAGAUCAACUCUUAUUACAGCUUUAUAGAAUCAAAAUUCUUACAGUAUUUUAGGAUAAGAAUUGCCUUUUCCAUGGCUGCAUCAAACUGGCAUCUAAUAAUCUAGAGACAUACUGAUAGAGUCAGAUACCCCUUCUGUCAUUUCCAAUUACUGAACCCUAGCUUGUAUGUUUAAUUCUUAUUUAUCCCUGCAUGCUAGACUUUGCACUUUGUUCUCUUAAGAUUUCACUACAUUUUUGUCAUUCCAUUUCUCCAUUCAUUCAUGCUGUAUAGUGUUUUUUACCAACCAGAAAGUACAAUUCAGUUAGAAGAAAGACGUCACUGAAAUCUAGUAGAUAAAAUCAGUGGUGUGCUAACAGUGGAAAUAUAUAUGCUGGCAAUAAUGAAAGGAAAAUAGGAUCAUUUUGAGAGUAUUUUAAGAUAUAGUAGAAAUUAUGAAAUUGAGUACAGACCGGACUUUUUUUUCUGCAGAGACGGAUAGAGUACAUGCCAAUUACUGUUAGACUAAAUUUAGGGUGGAGGAAAGGAGUUAUGCAACUGAUUAGAUAAGCAGAGAAUAAAAAUUAUGACCUGAGGGAGGAAUGGGGCAGAUACACAGUAGAACAGACUUCCGACAUCUUAUAAAUUGAGGGCAAACACCCUGAAAUGAAUUGGUGCAGGAACAGGAACCUAAGAAUCAGUGAAGAGUCUGGCAAGGUAAUGCCACACAGUAGAACAGUCCCAUCUGUUACUGUAACAACCAAAUCAACUUAUCUAUAUUUACUGACUCCUUCAAAGUAUACUAGUAGAUUUGUGAGGUAUGAUUUCCCUUUACAAGACGCUUGAGUUGGCUCUUCCCCGUUAUUUCCUAUGUAUGCCUGUAACUACUGGGGUUUUUUUAACUCUUAAUGUGUUUCAAUUUGCUCAAUACAGGGCCAGAUUUACUGGACUGUUUCCCAGGAUCUAUCCUGGAGGCCUUUUCAAGAAACAAUCCCUUUCUCUGCUUUCCUUUUUUGUGGAAGGCAGGCUAACGUAUGCAAUAGGUUACUCAGCAGUCUGUAACAAUUUCACUUUUGAGUCCCUUUGGAACUGUAAGGUGAAUGACAUCUGGUCUGGGCAAUAUUUUCCACAGGUGUCAACAAUUUGUUCUAAAACAUCUUUUAUUGACACUUUAAGCUGGUUCCUCCAAGAAGGGCUGCAAUAGGGACACCUCUAAGUUUUUUCAUCAUGAACCAUGAUGGAAGGAAUGCAUUGCGUUCUGCAAUGACCAUUCCUGCCAUUAGUGCUCCUCUCAGAGUUCAAUGAUCCAUCAACACUACAGACUUUCUAAUGGGCUGUCUGAUGUGUUUGGAAAGAUUUCAUCAGUAGUCUAAGUGAAGGAGAUGUAAUGAAGCCACCACAAAGCUAUGGAAACAGUGUCUUUCCUGUAAUCCAUCGACAAUAUAUUUAUUUCUUUUCAAGCAAAGAAAAUAGAGAAACAUUUAUGAAAAAUCCCAUCAAAUAUAUUUGUCAGCCAAAACCUAAACCAACUGUGCCAGUUAAGAUUGCAAUUGUGGGACCUCCAAAAUCUGGAAAGACUACAGUUGCCAAGAAAUUUGCAAGUAUGUAUGGGUUACUGCGUCUGAGUAUAGGAGAUGCCAUGCGGCUUGUGUUAAACAAUCAGCCUGAGAGUCAGCUGGCACUUAUGUUAAAGCAGCACCUUCAGAAAGGACUGACUGUACCUGAUGCACUGGCCAUCCAGGCUCUAGAUGUGGCUCUGAUGAACCAUGUGUGUAAUACCACUGGAGUUGUAAUUGAUGACUACCCUGUAACAACAAACCAAGUAAACCUGUUGGAAUCAGCUAGGAUCAUUCCAAUGAAGAUCUUUGAGUUAGAAAUGGAUACAAAGGAAGUGCUCAGAAGAGCACUGUUGGAUAAGGAAAGCAUGAAUAGGCCUCCCUACCCUGAACAUGACAGCUCACAGAUUCUAGCUAUUAAAAAAUGCUGCUAUGAACAGCACAUUAAUGCAAUCAGGACUUACUAUACGAAGGAGCAUCAGAACUGGUGUGUGAUUGAUGCUUUCCGGAGCAAGUGGUGGGUCUGGAACAAAGUACUGCAAGAAGUUCAAGUGGUUGUUAAAGAAAUACAGAUAUACCUGGAAAGAAUAAGAGAAGGCAAAGCAGCCAGCAUUGCUGGCUUAUGUAUCACUCCCGAAGAGCUGCAGCAUCGGCUGGGGGAGUUUGGACAGUACUGUCCCGUAAGCCUUGCAGAAAAGGGCGAACUGGUCGACUGCUCUGUAACAUCAUCACUGCAGUUUGCUGCAGAAUUUCAAGGACACUAUUACAAAAUGGCUUCACAGGGAGAACUGGAUAAAUUCUUGAGCAGACCAGAGGUUUAUGUGUCACCACUUGCACCUCACCCUCUCCCACCCUCAGAUAUGCUACCAAAGAAACUGACGCCAGCAGAAGUGACGGCCUCAUUCCCUGUAAGCGCUCAAAUGCACGGAUGCUGUCCAGUCACUUACCUGGACGGAAAACAGAGAUACGAAGCUUUGGUGCCUGGCAACAUUGAGUACUCAGCAAAAUAUAAAGAGAAGAUAUAUGUUUUUGAAAGUGAAGAAAAACUUCUUAAGUUUAUGAGGUUACCAGAGAAGUACUGGAAUCUGAAGCUUCCACUUAAACGCCCUCCAGUAAAGGAGCCACUACUACUCACUGCACUUCCUUUGCCUGGAUACCUUGAACAGGCCAUAGCAACUUCUCUAAUAAAAGCUCUUAAUGAAGUAGGCUGCUUAAAGCCAAAGUUUCCGUUCCUAAGUGUAAAAAAAACUGCUCUGCUGUUUGUCGCCUGCCAUUUAAAAGCACACAACCCGCGGAUCCCGGAGCCAACGCGGCAGGCCUAUCGGAGGAAGCUGGCACAGUUCGUGGAGCAUUGUCAGCUCGUGCCCUACCUGGGGGCCGCCAUGGCAGGGCCCUACAAGGAGCCGCAGCACCGGCCGCUCGGCCUCGACGACAGCCUUCAGACCUUCCUGUCCCUGAGGGAUGCCGGCCCCGGCUUUGCAUAGCCCGGGCUUGCGCGUCCUCACCCCACACCCCCACAUCCUUCUCAUAACUCAAGGGCACUACAACACGGCCGGUGAGCAAAGCCAAGUUUUCCAGGAGCAGCUUCUUAACUGUAAGCUCUUACAAUUAAAGCCUCUCGUCCCAA